AAAAUAGAAUUGUUUAUUUCUCGACAGAAAGCAUGCGCAAAUCACAGGUCAAAGGAAGCGAAGGAGGUCGGUUGGAUCGAACAAUGAAACGGAAAAAGUGAAAACAAAAGGAACAAACACAAAAAAAGGCGUUGUUGUUGUCUCUGAACGCUCGCCUCCUCGCUGGCCCAGAGGGGUGAUGGCCAACGCUGACUGGAAUGCACGAAGCGGCAUGAAGGCGCCACAGCGGCAAACGAAACGCAGCCUGUCGCAAGUGGCAACUCCGCCCGAGUCAAGUUUUAUCAACGUGAAGCUCGAGCGACGCCUGCCUGCAAGCAAAACUGGCUAUUCGCCGAUGCGGAACAUCCUACACGAUGAAUCCGAACGUGCACUUUGGUAUUCCAGAGCGGCAAGUGGGCAGUAUCGCUACCACCCGAGCGCAGUGCAGAAGUUUUGUAUCUGCAACGGGAACGUUAGCGAUACCACGGGUCUGGCACGCUAAAACUUAAGUUGCAUUGCUAGCGUCACGCUGAUGGCGCGC